AUGCUCGGGCUUGUGACUGGUUUCCUGGCUGCUGCCACCGUCCUCGCGGGCAGCACCGCCGGCGCUGCGCUUGAAGGACGGUCGUAUGACACAGACCUGAACACGUACGCUCUACGUGAGGAACAAUGGCCCUAUGGGCCUGCCCACACCGAGGGUCGCCAUAUCGUCAACUCUCGCGGUGAUAAGAUCAAAUGGGCGGGCAUCAACUGGCCCAUGUCCGGUGAGACCAUGGUACCCGAAGGACUCGAGAAACGUCCGGCAGGCGAGAUCUUGGACGAUCUCGGCUCGAUGGGGAUGAAUUUCCUUCGCAUGGGCUACUCGGCCACCAUGGUUGACGAGGUGUACGAAUCUGACCAGGACGAUGUGCCCCUCGAAGCGGCCAUGAUCAAGGCCCUGGGCUACUACAAUGGAACCCGCGUCACGUCCGAUGUCGUCAAGCACAACCCCUCGUGGAAUCGCACCACGGGACGCUUCCAGAUCUGGGGCGACAUUGUCGACAUGGCGGCCGAGAGGGGCAUGUUUGUCCACCCAGACAUGCACAUUGCCAAAGCCGGCUGGUGCUGUGGCCACGACGAUGGCAGUGCCUGGUUCGGCGACGAGAACUUCAACGUCAAGAACUGGACGCGUGCGCUGUCCUACGUCGCCGACUGGGCCAAGGACUUCCCCAACAUCGUCUCCAUGGCGCUGGUCAACGAGCUGCGCCAACCGUGGGUCGAUGACUACCCCAAGUUCGGUUACAACUGGAUGACCCUUGUCGGCAACAUGACCCUCGGCUCCGACGCAAUCCACGAGGCCAACCCGGACCUGCUCAUCUCCUGGUCUGGUCUACAGUUCGACGAGGAUCUGUCUGCGCUCACCAGCGGCACCAACCUCCUCACGUCGCCAUGCUACAUGUGCGUAUCCGUGCAGGACUCGCCUCGGCGAGACCCAGUCGUCUUCAACCUGGACGACCACGCAUGGGGUGACAAGGUCUUCUACGAGCUCCACCUGUACACCAUGACCGAGGACCUCGACAUUGGCACGUGCGACAUUAUCAAGGCGCAGCUGUACCGCGCGGGCUUCAACGCGCUGGGCAUGGACAGGCCCAAGGACUGCGAUCUGCUCGAGAACCACCACCUCGGCCCGUGCCGGGAACCGUCGCACCUCACGCCUGUGGCGAUGACCGAGUUUGGCACCGCGCAGGACGAGACGUUGCUGAACAACAGCUACAUUGACUGCCUACGCGAGUUCACCACCGAGAACGACGUCAGCUGGGCCAUGUGGUCGGUGGCCGGGUCGUACAGGGUGCGCUCGGGCGGCCAGAAUGUCAACGAUACCUGGGGUAUGAUGAACUUUGACUGGGACGGUUUCCGGUUCGAGGAGGGCGUCGAGGAGAUCUGGAGGCCAUGGGUCCAGGAGACAAACGUCACAAAGAAGGACUAG